CGCGCGAAGGCUGGUUGCCUGGGGGAACCCUCAGAGGGCUAAUGGGCUUCUUUUGACAGUCGUUUGGCUCUUGGGUCCAGCCGGGCUUCUGAUUCUGCCUUGCAUGUUUAUGACGAUCCCUCGGUCCCUACGAACCAGGACGGGAGAACCCUCAGCUAAUAAAGAAGAAAUCCUCUUGUUAACAUCAUGGAUAACACAAAGGAAAAGAAUAAUUGCAAAGAUGAUCUUCUGCUCAGAAUGGGACUAAAUGAUAAUAAAGCAGGAAUGGAAGGACUAGAUAAAGAGAAAAUUAACAAAAUUAUAAUGGAUGCCACAAAGGGGUCCAGAUUUUAUGGAAAUGAGCUCAAGAAGGAAAAGCAAGUUAACCAGCGGAUUGAAAGUAUGAUGCAACAAAAAGCUCAAAUUACCAGCCAGCAACUGAGGAAAGCACAGUUACAGGUUGACAGAUUGGCGAUGGACUUAGAACGGAACCGGAAUUUGAACAAUACCAUAGUUCAUGUAGACAUGGAUGCUUUCUAUGCAGCUGUAGAAAUGAGAGACAAUCCGGAACUGAAGGAUAAACCCAUUGCUGUGGGAUCAAUGAGUAUGUUGUCUACUUCAAAUUACCAUGCAAGGAGGUUCGGUGUCCGUGCAGCCAUGCCAGGAUUUAUUGCUAAGAGACUCUGCCCACAACUUAUUAUAGUGCCCCCAAACUUUGACAAAUAUAGAGCUGUGAGUAAGGAGGUUAAGGAGAUUCUUGCUGAAUAUGAUCCCAAUUUUAUGGCUGUGAGUCUGGAUGAAGCCUACUUGAAUAUAACACAGCACUUAGAGGAAAGGCAAAGUUGGCCUGAGGACAAAAGAAGAUAUUUCAGCAAAACCGGAAACCCUAUAAAAAUUGAUAAACCGGGUGAGGAAGCUAACAGACUGAGUGAGGACGAACAGCCCAUCUCCCCACUGCUUUUUGAAGACAGUCCUCCUGAUUUGCAACCCCACGGAAACCCUUUCCAGCUAAACCCUGAAGAACGAAACAGUCCUCAAACACUCCAAAAUUCGGUUGUUUUUGGAACGUCAGCUGAGGAAGUGGUAAAGGAAAUUCGCUUCAGAAUUGAACAAAAAACAACGCUGACAGCCAGUGCAGGUAUUGCCCCCAAUACAAUGUUAGCAAAAGUGUGCAGUGAUAAGAAUAAGCCAAACGGACAAUACCAGAUUCCCCCCAGCAGGAAAGCAGUGAUGGACUUCAUCAAGGACUUGCCUAUUAGAAAGGUUUCUGGAAUAGGCAAAGUUACAGAGAAAAUGUUAAUGGCUCUUGGAAUUGUUACUUGCAUGGAACUCUACCAACAGAGAGCAUUGCUUUCUCUCCUUUUCUCUGAAACAUCUUGGCAUUAUUUCCUUCACAUCGCCCUGGGUCUAGGUUCAACAAAUCUGGCAAGGGAUGGAGAAAGGAAAAGUAUGAGCGUUGAAAGGACAUUCAGCGAAAUAAGUAACACGGAAGAACAGUACAGCUUAUGCCAGGAGCUCUGCACGGAGCUUGCUCAUGAUCUCCAGAAAGAAGGGCUGAAGGGGAGAACUGUUACUGUUAAGCUGAAGAACGUGGAUUUUGAAGUGAAAACUCGCGCGUCUACAGUUCUGUCCACUCUUUCUACUGCAGAAGAAAUAUUUGCCGUUGCUAAGGAAUUGCUAAGAACAGAAGUGAAUGCAGCUUCUCCACAUCCCCUGAGGUUAAGGUUGAUGGGUGUUCGGAUAUCUACUUUUUCCAACAAAGAUGCCAAGAAGCACCAACAAAGGGGCAUCAUUGGCUUCUUACAAGCUGGACAGCGUGCUUUGUCAUCUCCUGGGUGUUCUGUAGACAGAAUCGACAAAACCGAGUUUGUCAAGCCUUCAGAAAUACCUCACAAGAAGAGCUUCUUUGAUAAAAAGCGAUCAGAAAGGCUCUCGAACCAUCAAGAUACACCCAGAUGUGAAGUUGUGAAUCAGCGAGCUUUACAGACCUCACAGCCAUUCAGAGCUUUCAGAAAGAUGCGUGAGAGUUUGGAAACAUCAGAGAAUUCAAAUAACUGUCAGACAUUCACGUGUCCAGUUUGCUUUCGGGAGCAGGAAGGUGUCAGUCUGGAAGCCUUUAACGAACAUGUAGAUGCAUGUCUUGAUGGACCAUCCACCAGUGAGGACUCGAAAAUGCCCUCUUACUCACAAGCUUCCUCAACAGCUGCUGGUCAGAAGGAAGAUGCAAGCCAUUCUAUCCCACCAUGUGAGCAUUGCGAUUAUGAAGAUGGAGAGGUCGAGUCAGUAGAUGGUGCAGAUGGGGCAGAGACUGUGGGCCAGUCAUUGACAGCAGUAAGUGCGGACACUACAGGAAGUAAUCACAGCAAAGAGGAGCAUUCUGAUGCUCCAGACCAGUCUUGUCCUAUUCCAUUGGCAAAUGAAGCUGUCAGAAUGUUAAGUGAGCAAGAAUCCAUCUGGCCCUGUACAGAUGACGUAGUAACAGGACAAGCUCUAGUUUGUCCUGUUUGUAACCUAGAACAGAAGACUUCUGACCUUACCCUCUUUAAUGUGCAUGUGGAUAUUUGCUUAAAUAAAGGCAUUAUCCAAGAACUGAGGAAUAAUGAAGCUAAUUCAGUUAGCCAACCCAAAGAAAGCUCCAGGAGUGCUGGCAGACUUCAGAAGGCUGCAGGGAGGACAAAAAGGCUGGGACAGAGGACAAAGUGGUCUACAUCGAAGAAAACAAAACCCCAAAGUCCCAGACACACCCUUGAUGUAUUUUUUAAAUGAACUUUAAACAUUUUAUCAACAUCCUUAUUGGGAUUUUUAGUUUUGUAACCAAUGUAUUUAUUCUUCCUCAUUUUAAGAUUCAUUUAGGGAAGACAAGUGCAAUAGUGCCUCCCCAUAUGACCUUCUUAAGGAACGCAGACUGCAUAUUAACUUAUUUCUUUAUAUUUCCUUUAAUAACCUUAAGAUUUCACUUCCAGUGUUUAUCAGUUGGAAAUCAGUCAUGUUAAAGACAACUUUAAAAUGAAAUUAAAGGUGGAGGUCGGAAGAUGAUGUGUUAUUUUAUAGCGAGCAUAAAAUACUUAGAAGGACUCUGAGUCGUGUGCACUAAUUUCAGCUGAGCAUCUUAGUGCUUAGCCACCGUGGUGCCAUUGGUGCUGCUGUACUUGGCUCUUGUGUCUGAUUUGAGUGUUCUGUGAGCAUUCGUAGUUAGAUUUAACCAGGAUGUCUGUGAAGAACAUUUGUUUAACAGAAAUAGCACUGUACACUUGUUACCUUCACAAAAGCAGUGCACAGCAUUGCUUGUGUUUGAAGGACUUGUUCAAACUACUGUGUGUUGUUUUUCCUUACAAUUCUUUUAUCUUAUAAAUAAGCAUUUGCUUCAUGUAAAGAAAUCUUUAGUCUGCCAUUCAAAACAGUUUGUUUUUUUUUAACUCAGUACUUUAGGUAGCAGUAUUUCAUUUCUUGGUAAAUAUGUUUAACCUUCUACAAAUCUGUAGUAAACAAGAUAAGUUGAGUAGUCACUUGAUCUUCACUCUACUCUUUAAGAGGAAGUGUACAGCUCGGAAGAUGUACGCCUGAGAAAACAGCACUGACCUCAGCUACAUGUCUGUCACAUCUUUGUUAAUAUUUGUGGAAGAAGAAAGAUCUGUAGCAGUUAAGGAGUUGCUCCUAACAUGGUGCCACCCACAAGUUCUUAUCAAAAAGCCCCUUUUGCUACUGCUUUAAGAACUGAAUCUUGCUGGGUGGUGGCGCACGCCUUUAAUCCUCAGCUCUCAGAAGUCAGAGGCAGGUGGAUCUCUGAGUUCGAGGGCAGCCUGGUCUACGGAAUGAGUUCUAGGACAGCCAGGGCUACACAGAGAAACUGUGUGUCAAAAAAACAAAAAGAGGAAAAAGAGAACUGAAUCUUUUUUCUUAUAGUUUGGCCUCUGAAUAUUUUAGUGCAUUUUGAGUGGACAAAUAUUUGAGGGAUAGCUUCCUUAGGGCUUUGCAAAGCCUUUGUUGCAGUGGUAACCUGACUUUUAAUUUCCAGCCUGUUCAAAGAUGGGCUGAAAGCUUGCUGACGUGCAAUUCCCUUACCUGAUUGUCCACACCAUCACAGUUCCAAAGCAGCAGUGUUUUUGUUAUCGAUUGUGAUUUACUUAUGUAAAAUAUUUAUAAAAUUAGAUUCAGUGAAAUAUAAAAUUAAA